CGUGACAAGGACCAAGUACACACACACAAACAGAGCACCUUGGUUGAGAGACGGUGGGACAGUCAUGAGGACUCUUUGAGGAAAGCAACAGAAAGAAGAGUGACUAAGGGUGAGCAAGCAAACAGGACAGAAAGGUGCAGUGUGCUGUGUUAAACUCCGCCCGGCCAAAAAGGAGAAGAAUUUGUGAAAGGGUCCUCAAGAUAAAAACGAUCUUGCUGGUGAGCCACCAUCUUGUAAGGAAGUAAACACCGCGGUCAGUAUGGCCCCCAAGAAGAAGGCCUCACGCCAGAAAAAGGUCAUGCCUGACACAGUCAGCCAGGUCGCCAUGGAGACCGCCCCCGUGCUCCUGAAGGUGGAGCGUCGAGGAGACGGCGUUGUGGUGGUGGAGAGCGCGGCUAAGAAGAUCGAGCAGAUGGCGGCGUUGGAUAUCGCCCAGCUGAACAGCCUCAACCUGCCCCUGCCGCCGCCCGUCAUCAAGCCUGGCGAGAGAGGACUGGGCCUGGGCAGCGAGCUGACCCGGCCCCUGCACGGCAACGCCCUGCUCGAGGAGCUCAGCAAGAUGCGGCAGGAAAAGUUCCUGACGGAUCUGGAGUUGGGCUGCAAGACAAAAUCCUUUGACGUCCACAAGUUGGUCAUCUCCUCAGUCAGUCAGUAUUUUCGCGAGAUCCUGGCCAAAGAUCCCGACAUGAAGCGGCUGGAGCUACCGUCCCUUUCACCUCUUGGCCUGGCCAACGUCAUCACCUUCGCCUACCUGGGCCGUGUGCACAUGUCGCUCUACACCAUUGGAUGCACCGUGUCGGCCGCCGCCACCCUGCAGAUCCCGCAGCUCCUCAAGAUGUGCACAGACUUCCUGCUGGCCGAGCUCAACGUGCAGACGUGCGUGUACGUGUGGAAUAUUGCCGCCGCCUACAGUUUGCCGCCCGUGUGCGCCGCCGCCCGCCGCUUCGUGCUGGAAAACUUUGUGCAGUUUGCCGAGACGCCGCUCUUCACCCAGCUGACCCUGGAGCAGAUCUCCGCCUUCCUACAGGACGACUCACUGUUGCUGCCCUCGGAGGUCACCGCCUUCCAGCUGGCCAUGAAGUGGCUGGACUUUGACGUCGCCCGCCAGCCUCACGCCGCCGCCCUCUUGUCCCACGUGCGCUUCGAGACCAUCCCUGCCAGCGAGCUGGUGAGCCAGAUUCAGCCUGUGCCGCGCAUGAUGCUGGACGCCCAGUGCCACCGCCUGCUGGUGGACGCCAUGAACUACCACCUGCUGCCCCACCAGCAGAACACGCUGCAGUCCCGCCGCACGCAGCUGCGCAGCAGCCACCAGACCUUGCUCACCAUCGGCGGCCGGCCCUCACUCACCGAGCGCGCCCUCAGCCGCGAGGUGCUGUGGCGGGACCCCCGCGAGGGCGGAGCAGCCUGGCGCCACCUCACGCAGCUCCCAGCAAAAAGCUUCAAUCAGUGCGUGGCCGUGAUGGAUGGUUUCCUGUAUGUAGCGGGCGGGGAGGACCAGAAUGAUGCUCGAAACCAGGCCAAGCACGCCGUCAGCACCCUCAGCAGGUACGACCCCCGCUUCAACACCUGGCUUCACCUGGCUAGCAUGCGUCAACGCCGCACUCAUUUCUCGCUAGCAGCCAGCGGGGGGCGCCUGGUUGCCAUUGGCGGGCGAAACGUGGAAGGCCUCCUGGCCACGACUGAGAGCUACCUGCCCUCCUCCAACACCUGGCAGAUGCGCGCCCCCAUGGAGGUGCCACGCUGCUGCCACGCCAGUGCCACCCUCCCCUCCGGAGACAUCCUAGUGAGCGGCGGCUACAUCAACUGCGCCUACUCCCGCUCGGUGGCGUGCUACAGCGUGGAGAGUGACACCUGGACACAGAAGCCCCCCAUGGAGACGCCCCGCGGCUGGCACUGCUCCGCCACUCUGGGCGGUAAGGUGUACGUAGUGGGUGGGAGCCAGCUGGGGCCCGGCGGGGAGCGGGUGGACGUGCUCAGCGUGGAGGUCUUUUCCGCCGAGGGCGACGGCACAUGGAGCAGGGCCGCGUCGCUUCCGCUGGGCGUGAGCACGGCGGGGCUGUCGCCGCUGACCGACAAGCUGUACCUGCUGGGGGGGUGGAACGAGGCGGAGAAGCGCUACAAGGCUGCCGUCCAGACCUACGACCCGGCCACAGACAGCUGGUCCCGAGCGGAGGACCUGCCCGAGCCCACGGUGGGCGUGUCCUGCUGCGCGCUGUCCCUGCCGCCCCGCCAUGCACCGCGCCGCCAGCAGCACCGCAACACGCCGGGCCACGAGGAGCAGCAGCAGCCCGGGAAGAACCGCAGCAGAGAGAGUAGCGAGACGCCGGCACAAAGCAUUACGGCGUAGACAAACUGCAGAACGUCUGGAUCACGUCUGCCCGGCAACAAUAUUCAUAAAUAUUAUUAGUCAAUUUAUAUCCAAACAAGGAAGUGACGAGUUGAAUGAAAGAAGGUAGAACUGGAUGAAUUGAAGGAGAUUUGACGGUUAAAAAAAAGUGACAGAUAUUUGAAACAAUAUGAAUAUUUACCUUGCGGUGUCCAACGUGAUCCCAGAGGCAUGAAAAUGAGAAAAAUGUGACGGAAACUUGAAGGAAGCAGGUGGAGUGUGAGAGCUGAAAUGAGGACGAUGAAGAUGAUGGAGAAACCAGAAGGCUGCUUUUGAACGAACAUCCGAAGAGUAACCAGAGUUGUUUGUGUGAUCGCCAGCGAGAUCAAUACGGUGCAUCUUAAUCAAUUAAUCCUUCAUCGAAUCAGACUAGGAGAACAAUUAAAGACUCAGGAUGUGUUAUUCAUUUUCCGGUUUAUUUGCUGAUUAGAACGCAAACCAGACUUUUCGACCACUUUUCAAACUUUUGAAAACGCAUUUGUCUAUUAUUUUUUUUAGUUAUCCGUAAAAUCGAGGGGUGUCAAAAAAAAUAAUUGAUUUUCGAAUGAAUCA